AUGGCGAACUUCCUCCCCGAGACGCCGCGCACAGAGGUGGGCGACGCGACGCGCUUCACGCACAACGACGUCUCGUUCAGCCGCGAAGAGUCGUUCCAGGCGCCCUCGGGCCGCGACGAGCUGUUCCGCAAGAUGAGCGGCGCACGCACGCCGCGCAACCCGCUGGCCGCCCUGCGCCACCCCAACGCGAAGAACGAGUUCACGCCGAUGCUGAAGAGCGCGACCGCCAACCGCACCCGCCAGGUCGCCGGCCUGCUCAACGGCAACAUGCCGACCCCCGCCGCCAUGAAGCCCGGCUUCCGCGUGAGCGACUCGCCGCUGCCCGAGGCCAGCGCGCUCGACGUGCAGUCCAGCUCCUUCGACCACUCCUUCGACGGCCGCACGCAGCUGCCCGACCCCAGCUCGAGCGCCAUGAGCACCCCCAUGGCCCUGCCACGACGCGCCGAGGGCGAGCUCGACCUGGGCGGCGCCAACGGCAACGGCGGCGGCAACGUCCUCACCCUGCGCGAGCAGGAGGCCCGUCUCGAGCACAUCGACAAGGAGAACUUUGGCCUCAAGCUGAAGAUCCACUUCCUCGAGGAGAACCUCAAGAAGAUGGGGCCCGAGUUCAACAUCAGGACCAUGGAGGAGAACGUCAGCCUCAAGUCGGACAAGGUCACCAUGUCGCGCGACCUCAAGCAGUACUCCAAGGACCUCAAGGCGGCCGAGAAGGAGCUCGAUAGCUACAAGCAGCAGCUGCGCGACUACGCCGACAAGGUCAAGAAGCGACACGCCGACGCCGGCAUGCGCGAGGAGAUGGACGAGCUGCGCCGGCUGGCCGAGGAGCGCGCUGCGGACGUGGAGCGCAUGGAGGAGAAGCUCGAGGAAGCCCGCAGCGCUGAGGACGAGCUCGAGAAGGUCAGCAUCGAACUGGAGAAUGCGCAGGCCGAGGUCUCGCGGCGGGACCAGCUUCUGGACGAGCACGAGGACCAGAUCGAGGAGCUGGAGAACAAGCUGAGGAACGCCCAGGGCGCGUCGUCUGCCGGUGUGGAGGCCAAGGACCGAGAGCUGAGAGAGCAAGCUGAGCGGAUCGCAGAGCUCGAACACAGCGAACGAGAGCUGCGACAGCAAGCCGACCGAGUAGCCGAGCUGGAGCAGGAAAGCCAUAGCCUGCAAGAGGAGGUUGCGAGGGUCGCUGGCCUGGAGGAGCAGAACCGCCAACUGCAAAAGCAAGCCGACCGGGUUGUCCAUCUCGAGCAGCAGCUGCGCUCAGUCUCGCAAACCAAAGACAGGGAGAUCGCCGAGAAGGAACGACAGAUGCAAACACAGGCCGAGCAGAUUGAAGAGCAGAGUGAAAAGAUCGAGGAUCUGCGAGACCAGCUACGAUCGCUCGAACGCACAAAGGAGGCCGAGACUGAGAAGCUGCAAGACAGGAUCGAUGCUGCUGCAAACGGCAACGACCAAGAGCUCCGAGAACUCGAGCAGCAACUGGACGAGGCGGAGCGCGAGCUCGAGGCAGCCGAAACUCAGAAACGUCACGAGCUGUCCAUUGCUGAGGAGCGCCUGCGAGCCAUCGAACGCGAGAAAGACGCCGACAUCAAAGAACUGCAGCGACGCAUGCACACAAUCCAGAGCGAGAAAGACGCCGAGCUGGAUGCCCUGCAAGAGCGAGUGCAGCUUGCAGAGUCCAAGGGCGACAACCAGGUCCAGCUUGCCCGACAGUCUGCGCACGAUGCUCAGCAGAAGGUGGUCGAUGUUACUCGCGAGAAGGGCGUUGAGAUUGAGCUGCUACAGUCGAGGGUCGAUGCUGCCGAAGCCAGGGCGGACGAGCUUGAUGACUACCGCAGGCGGUUCCAGGACUCGACGCAGCAAAUCGCUCGCCUCCAGCGCGAUGCGUCUGAAUACGAACAGCAGCUGCAACAGCUGCGCCAAACAGUCACCCAAAAGGACCGUGAUCUUGGAGAGCUCAACACGCUUCGUCGCGAACGAGACGAUGCCACGCAGGAGAUCCAGGGUCUCCGAUCGACGCUCACAGGUAAGAGCACCCAGGGUGAUGCUCUCAACAAGGCUUUGCGAGAGCGUGAUGCGCUGUCAAGCGAGCUAUCAGACCUUCGACGCGAGCGAGACAACCUCACGUCGAGGAUGGCGGACAGAGACGCGCAAGUUGACCGACUCAACCGAGGAAACAACGAUCGCGACGCUCUGGUUGCAACACUACGUCAAGAGCGGGACGAUGUCGAGCGCGAGAUGCGCACUCUGCGCUCGACCAUGUCUGGCAAAGACUCCCAGAUUGAAGCAUUGCAGAGGGUCACCCGCGAACGCGAUGCCCUGUCCCGCGACCUGUCGAAUCUACAAUCGACACUGCAGUCGCGUGAGCGUGACAUCACCGCGCUCCAGAAGAAGAUCGAUGCGCAAGAGACAGCGCUCGAUGAGCUUAAGCGGCUCAAGAGUGAUGUCAGCGAUCGAACACGCGAAUUGGAAACCGUCCGGAAGACGCUCUCCGAGCGCGAUGCCGAGCUCGAUGCGAUGCGCGACCACGCCGAUGAGCCAGAUACUCAAAUCGACGUCAUGCAGGAUCUUGUCCGCAAGCGAGACGACGAGCUCGAGGCUCUACGUGACGAGAUCCUCGCGCAGAGAAGCCAGGUUGAGUCGAUACAGCAGCUGGCAGAGGAGCGCCUGGAAGCUCUCGAAGAGCUGAGGGACAACGCCAACCGCCAGAAGCAGGAGUAUGAGGACGAGUUGGAGGUUCUUCAGGAAGAUGCAGACGAAGUUUUGGAAGAGAAGGCUUCGCUGGAGGACAAGAUCACCGUGCUGGAGUCGAUGCUUCGCGAGAAAGACAACCAGGCUACUGCCGCACAGUCCGAGUCGCGCGCAACGCAGCGUGAAGAGAAGGCAGCAUUGGAGGACAGACUACGCGACCUGGAAUCCCGUCUCCGCGAGAAGGACUCGCAGCAUCGCAAGAUUCAGAAUGAAGCCAAGGCUGCACAACGUGAGGAGAAGACGUCCUUGGAGCGUGAGCUUCGCGACUUGGAGUCACGCCUUCGAGAAAAGGAAUCGCAGCUCCGUCUGCUGCAGGCCUCUGCCAAAGCCGUGCAACAGAAAGCGCAGCAUGAAGCGCUCGGCCUUGAUGCGCAAUCGCAGGCGCUGGAAAAGCGGCAUGUCAAGGAGAUCAACGGCUUGGCGAAACAGAUACAGUUCUUGCGCGCACGCUGCUCACGAGCUGAGUCGUUCCGUGAAGCGCUCGGAUACCAGAAACGCUUCUUCCUGAUGCAGAUCCAGACUUACAACGAAUGCAACCAAGAGGACCUCAACCUCAUCUCGCAGAUGGGCAUCACGCCUGACAUGACGGUUCACGAGCGCCGUCCCAAGCUCAAGUCGGCGGCACUGACCGUCAUUGCCGCGCUGCGGAUGCAGAAGCUGAGCCAAGGGUGGGCGCAGAACCGCAAGAUCCACGAGCAGCUGAAGCAGAAGCUGGAGAGCAUGCGCAGGCAGAGCGGGAGACGGUCUGGUGGUGGUCUGAGGCUCGCAAGGUAG